CAUACAUACAAUGUACACCUCCUUCCCCUGUUCAGAGAGUUUUUAUGCUUUAAAAAGCCAUACAAACAACUGUGGAACUGAUUUGAGCCGGCAAUCUCUGUGUCUAUAUCACGUGAUAUGGUUUCGAGCCCCGAGGAUCCUCACCACCACCUGCGAGUCCUUGCGUUCGUUUUGCUCAAGCAACAUCCUGGUAGUUAAAGAAUCCACCAACAAAGUGCAUGAUGAUGCCGGACGAAGACGAACCAAUUGCUUGGGAAUAUACUGUUUAUUGCCGACUUGCCAAGCGCUGCCGGUUGGCGCGUUACGUAUCUUGCUGCGGGGAGUCAGCAAGGAACGGCUGGUUAAACUCCUCUAUUCCUACGAUGUACGGAGUAGCAUGGAAGAAGUUUCUUUGUUUCUCAACCUAUGGACGACGAUACAUACAGAAUUUCGGCGGUUGUACGUUGGCUUACUCCAUUAUCCGUUCAGAUUCUUUAUGCCAACUCCAGAGACCUAUUAUUCAUGAUUACUCUCAUUAUUAUUAUUAUUACUUUCUGAUCGGUGAUCACACGGUCCCGUUUCGGUCAGGUCAAGCGUUUUUUUGGCCGUUUGAAGCUACUGGCCAAUCCCGGCACAAUCCCUAGGUUUUUGUCGACUUGGGAGGCCGGCGGAGAGUGAGACAUUCUCAGACCUGGGACAUUCAACAUUUAUUCGCUCUUUCCACCCCCCCCCCCCCUCCUCCUCUUCCUCUAAUAUCCUUACAUUUCUGAUUUCUUUAUUAUUCAAUAAAUAAUUGGAUUUGUUUGAACUUUCCGGGGUUUGUUUUUUCUUUUUGCGUUGGGUGAUGAGUAACUGAGCGAGAGCGAACAUACUAAUAUAGUAGUAAUCAGUGGUCGGGUUAGAUUCAAGAAUCCGACUCUUUCGAUAGGAUACCCCAGGGGAUUUUGUAUUCCCGAUGAUAGAUGAUGCCUCUCGCUUAUUUCCUUUCCCAUCUAUCGAUGCCUCGAUUGUCGCUGCGGUUUCUUUCUUUCGCGCUUUUUACUUAUUUCCUUGUUCAUAAUGACCAUUCUUACGGGGUCGGGGUGAUGGGUGUGGCGGCGAGGGCUGCGACACCGAACUCGGAUCGAAUAUAUAGCCGGGUGGGUAGAGACAGGAUCUUUAGGCGCGAGGAUACACCGACGGAUGUUUGCAAGCGAUGGUCUCAACAAACAGCAGUGGUCAAUGGGACACUGUAUAGUUUUGGAGGACGGUCCAUGACCGAUUCAAGUCAAAAAGAUAACACGUGGAACAAUGACUUUAUGACCCUCGAUUUAAAAACCACUUGGGAUAUAUCGGCUCCCAAACUUACCGGCCUCCCCCGACUAUCCGGGCCCCCACCAGUGUCAAACGGAUACCUUUGGAAUUCCCUCGAAUCCUUGUAUCUAUAUGGCGGAGAGUACUCCGAUAAUCCACGGGACUUCCCUACGGCAUUCAGUUUAUGGGAGUACCACAUUCCGUCGUCGAGCUGGAAGGAACAUAAAAAUCCCCGUACUUCUCGGGGGAGCAAUUCCAAUGCCGGUGAUCGGCCUGUUCAGCGGUCUGCGGAAGGCGCAGGCAUUACGGUUCUGGAGUUGGGAAGGGGCUUCUAUUUUGGAGGGCAUUUGGAUGGAUACACGACUGAGGGCUGGGACCUCUCCGUCCCACGAGUAUAUCUGAAGUCGUUCAUCGAGUAUACGUUCCCUGGCUUUAUGAACAACGAUGUAGAAAGUUUAAAAGGAGAUAAACCUGCCGGAUCGAAUGGUGCCUGGCGAAAUAUCACCGAGGGUGGACUCCAAGAAUCUGCCGGAUUUACUGAAAGGGCUGAUGGAGUCUUGGUAUAUGUGCCUGGAUUUGGAAAACAUGGGGUUAUUCUGGGUCUGGCUGGUGGGACCAAUGCGACAUUCACCCAAAUGAAUGUUAUCGAUGUCUAUGACAUUGAAACUUCCAUGUGGUACAAACAAGCAACAAGCGGAGAGACGCCAGCGAUCCGAGUUAAUCCGUGCGCAGUUGCUGCGUCCGCAGCAGAUGGAAGCAGCACUCAGGUGUAUCUAUAUGCUGGGCAAAACCUAAUUCCGUAUGGAGAACAGAUCCAGUACGACGACAUGUGGAUCCUCAGCAUCCCCAGCUUCACGUGGAUCAAAGUCAACACGAAUGGCCAGUCCGUUCCCCCAGCCCGAGCAGGACACACGUGCAAUAUCUGGAAUUCUCAAAUCAUCGUGAUGGGCGGCUACGUGGGGCAAGACCUGACCUGCGACAGUCCCGGCAUUUACAUCUUCGACGCAUCCACAUUACAAUGGAAAACGCAAUACGUUGCGCUGGAAGGGGCCAACUACCUGAACCAACAAGACUCCCAAAAGCAUGACAUGAGAGGCCUGAGCGGUAGCUAUGGCUAUAAGGUCCCCAAGGCCGUCCAAAAGGUCAUCGGCGGCGAUGACCAGGGGCGUGCAACGGUAACUAAACCCGCAACGGCAGCCACAGGAGGGCCCAUGGCAACAGGGAAACCCAUCACAUACACCGUGACGAACCCGGAUGGCUCCGUAACCACCCACACCAGCUUACCGGGCCAGGGCCGGGGGGGAGGACCCAACGUAGCGGCCAUAGCCGCCGGCGUUGUCGCGGGGUGCCUAUUCAUCCUCGCCAUCUAUCUCGGAUUCUGCAUCUUCGUCUACCGCCGCCAGCUAGCGCUGUACAAGAGCCACAUCGCCGCCGUCCAGCGCUCGCCAACCAGCAGUCGCAUCGCGCUCAACGGCGACAAAUUCGGAGCUUCCUUCGUUCCUCUCUCUUCCUCUGAGAAUACUGGUAGCGCACGGCACAUGUCGUUCAGCGAGACCGGGUCGAACGUAACUGCUGCCUUUGGGGCGGGAGGAGGGACGCAGCCGGGCUAUCGCGGGUUUACGGGAGAUUUUCGACCGUCCAGCGGACCCGCUGGGGGGUUGGGGAGUGCGUAUAGCAGUACGGACGACCUGCUUGCUGGGCAGGAGCCGACAUUUUUGGGGGUGAUGUUGAAUCCUCGGCGGAGUUUGAGGGUUAUUAAUAAGGAUUGAACUUCUUUUCCCCUGUUUUUUUUUUUUUUUUUUUUUUUUUUUCUCUUUUAAUAUGCGGUCAUAGCUAAUAUGGUAUAUCUAUUGUGUGCAUGGUUUUGUAUUUGUGCUAUGUUUCUUUUUUUGCAUGCAUGCGGGCGUUGGUCGGUUUAUUCUUUUUUAUCCUUUGCGUCAUAAUGAUUUUUGUUUUCCGUAUCAUGAUGCCGUUUUGCAUGUUUUCCAUUUCUCUCUGUGCUAUGGCUAAUUUUCUCGUUCUUGUUCUUUCCCACUUGCUCGUCUUUUUUUACUUUACACGUGUUUUCAAACAUGCAUGUAAAAAGUUCCCCUUUUUUUGACCUGUCGUUUCAUCGUACAGUUAAUAAUACCCCGAUCUUGUGUCGUCAUGCGGAUUCCUCUCUUUAUUUCAUCGAAAGUUGAAUUUUUCUUUUUUUAAUUUUUUUUUUUCCUCUUUUCUUGUAUCUAUCUAUCUACCUUGCUCUUGCUGUCUGCAAGGAUGAUGAAAGACGAUAAUCAAUAUAAUAAUAGUUACAGUUGGUACUUAAUUUAUACAUUCCCUCCAACAACCUGCACCUUUG